AUGGCCGGUGGGGUGAGCCGGCUCUGGGGCCGUAGUCCAGCGAACCCCAGUGCUCCAGCGCCGCCGCUGCAGGGCACCUUCGCGGCGCGGGGAGGGCGAUCUGGGCUCCCCGAUGGAGCCGCGGCCACUAGUGUCCUGCCUGCCGGCGCCCAUGGCGCGGCCCCGCAGCCGCCGCCCUCGCCGCCACUCCCGCUGCUACUGCUGCUGCUGCCUCGCAAGGACACGGGCGGCAACCUGCAGCACAUCAGCGGUGGAGAGAACAUCGACAAUUUGAACAUAGAAUUCAAUCCUACAGAUCAUCGGGCGAGCACAAUAUUCCUCAGUAAAUCUCAGACAGACGUGAGAGACAAACACCUCUUCGUUAACCAUCAUCCUCCAGGACAGAUAGCAAGAAAAUACAACUCCUGCUUCACUAUUUUCCUAGAUAACACAGUCAGUCAACCAAACCUCAAGUAUAGAAUUAAAUGUGUAGCUCUUGCAAUAUAUUAUCACAUCAAAAACAGAGAUCCAGAUGGAAGGAUGCUCUUAGAUAUUUUUGAUGAAAACCUUCACCCUUUUUUGAAAUUGGAAGUGCCACCAGAUUACGACAAACAUAAUCCAGAGCAGAAGCAGAUUUACAGGUUUGUUCGGACACUGUUCAGUGCUGCUCAGCUGAAGGUUGAAUGUUCCAUUGUCACCCUGGUUUACCUUGAAAGAUUCCUAACGUAUGCAGAGAUCGAUAUAUAUCCAGCCAAUUGGAAGCAGAUUGUUCUAGGGGCAAUCUUGCUGGCCUCCAAAGUGUGGGAUGACCAGACUGUGUGGAAUGUGGAUUACUGCCAGAUGCUAAAAGACAUCACGGUGGCAGACAUGAAUGAGCUAGAGCGACAGUUUCUUGAAUUGCUCCAGUUCAACAUCAAUGUUCCUUCCAGUGUUUAUGACAAGUAUUACUUUGAUCUUCGUUCUCUGGCAGAAGCAAACAACCUGAGCUAUCCCUUGGAGCCCCUGAGCAGGAACAGGGCUCACAAGCUGGAGGCCAUCUCUCAUCUCUGUGAGGACAAGUACAAGGACCUGAGGAGACACAUAAGGAAGUGGUCAGCAAGUGCUGACAAUCUGACUCUGGCCUGGUGGUCCCCGGCUAUCAUCUCCUAACCUUGGUUGUCCCUGGGGGAGA